AAAUAAGAAAAGGGUGGCAUCGAAUGCGUUAGUGACCCAAUUCAUUUUCUAAGAUUGAUUUUUAGUUGUUGUGAACUUAACAGUCGUGACGAUGUCAGAUUUCACAGUUGAGUCGUUCACGGUGGAAAGUAACGACGGAGUGAAGCUUCAUACAAGGUUGUUCAAGCCUGCUCCAGGAAUAGAUGUUAAAGAUGACAAGUUAGGGAUCGUUUUGGUUCACCCAUACUCCGUUUUGGGUGGUUCACAGGGUCUCCUCAAAGGUAUCGCUUCUCUUUUAGCUUCAAAUGGUUAUAACGCCGUCACUUUUGACAUGAGAGGCGUUGGUAAGUCCACUGGUAGGCCUUCUCUCACCGGCUUCUCUGAAGUUAAAGAUGUUAUCGCCGUCUCCAAUUUCCUCUCUCACUCUCUCUCCCUUCAAACCAUUUUGCUCGUUGGUUCUUCUGCAGGUGCUCCUAUAGCAGGGUCUGCUGUUGAUCAGAUUGAACAGGUGAUUGGGUAUGUGAGCAUAGGUUAUCCAUUUGGUAUUACGGCGUCAAUCCUUUUUGGAAGGCACAAUAAAGCCAUCCUAAAGUCUCCAAAACCAAAACUAUUUAUUAUGGGAACACAGGAUGGAUUCACAAGUGUAAAGCAGCUCAAAAACAAGCUUAACUCUGCAGCUGGACGCGCCGAAACACAUCUUAUAGAUGGGGUAGGACAUUUCCAAAUGGAAGGGCCUGCUUAUGAUGCUUAUAUGGUUGAUCUCAUCAUUAAAUUUAUUCAAUCAUUGUAAAACUCAAUUUUUGAGUGUGAAUUGUGUUUGAUACUUGGAUUAGUUUGUGUAUAUAAUCUGACUUACCAAGUUUACAGAUUAGCCUCUUGAUUUGUAUCCUUUAGGCAACAUUCUAAAAAUAUUACAAUUGACACAGUAAGUAUUUAUGGUGCUGGUUGGAUAAUGAGAGAGGAUGAUUACAUUA